CUUCAUGUGGGCUCAAGUGGGUUUGUUCCAAAACCCAAGAACCGAAGAGAGAUUUCCCGCACCGUACACACACACACACACACACACACACACACACAUGCAGUAUUUAUGCAAUAGAUUUUUGGGAUACAGUCGGAUAUCCUGUGUGGGUGUUUUACUCCACAUCGUUUUGCAUACCUAGGCGAAAUAUAUAAACGUUUCACCGUACGCCCCCGUGGCUUGGCAUUUAAUUAGAUCCCCGGGGUGCGGAUCAGUUUGGCACCGUGUCUGCGUGCAAGCGAAACCGGCUGUUUUUUUUUUCUGCUCCCGGAUCCCUGGCCGCGGUCCUCGCGCGACUUCACUUCUGCACCGGCGGCGCGGGAGGAAAAUCGAGCCCGCAGUCCAGCUGCUGCAGCCGGGCUAAAUUGUUCCGCGCGACUCCGACAGGCGACGACCCAAGCGCCGCAGCCGUCGACGAGCAGAGUGUAAUGUUUUGGUCGAUGUGUGAGUCGCUGUGGGAAUGAGACUGCGUGGGAGGGAUUUGGAGGAUUCCACUGUCUCCUGGAUACCAAGCGUCCUGGGUGUGCAGAGCGUCAGGCUCCGCCUUCGCCUUGAUCGCCGUGACGACAGGGGGAAGGGCCUUUGGCAACUGGUUGACCUGGGAGAGGAAGCACAGAGUGGGCGUCGGAUACGAGACAGGACGCCCCCUACUUGUUCUCAAAGUCUGAUGAGUAUUCCUGCUGCUGCAUCAGUUCAAUCAGGGGGUGGAGAGAUGCAAUCACCUGGGGCCAUUAGCCCCUCCUUCCUCCCGCCCCCAAGUGGAAAAGUUCCAGGGCGCAAGAGGGGUCGCCCACCCCUGAAGAGGCACCCAGAAUAUCAGAGUCGAUACCCAGAAUCCCUCCCACCCAUUAAAGUGCCUAAGAAGAGAGGGAGGAAGCCUGGCUUUAAGCUGAAGUCUCGCUUGAUGACACCCCUAGCCAUCUCUCCUCCCAGCAGCACCCCGGAGCCAGACAUGAGCUCAAUCCCGCAGGACGCUGCUACUAUCCCCCACUCAGCCACCCCACAGGUCCUCACAGUGUGUAUCUACGUGAAUAAGCAUGUGAACACGGGUCCUAACCUGGACAGGCAGAAGGUGCUGCAGCUGCCCGAUCACCUGGGUCCUGCCAGGCCCUCUGUGGUUCUGCAGCAGGCGGUACAGGGCUGCAUUGACAGCGCAUUUCAGCAGAAAGCCGUCUUCACCCUGCUUACUGAGGGCUACGGGGGAGAAAAGAUCUCAGCCACCUUUGAUGGUAAGCAGCAUUUGUUGAGUUUGCCAGUGGUCAACAGUGUGGGCUACGUCCUACGCUUCCUCAAGAAGUUGUGCCGAAGCCUAUUGUGUGAGAACCUCUUCAGUGACCAGCCCAUCGCCCCUUCAUCGUCUCCCUCCUCCUCUUCUUCAUUCCACGCUGAAAAGCACUCAGACGGACAGCCCAAGUCAACAGACUCAAUGGUGGACGAUUACCAUGGAGACUCAAUGGACCCCAAACGCUAUUCGGUUGACCCCAGCGACUCUGCCUAUGGUGCGAUGUCUUCACCGUACACAGCGAGUAAACCUGCGUACGGUUUUCGUUCUGGCACUGCCUACUCUGGAGGCGUGUGCAGGCAGGCAGCCAGUCCCAGCACAUUCCAGGAAGGAAACAGAAGUGCCUACAGUCCAUCCCCAGAGGGAGGGGAGGCAAAGCCCCCACCCAGCAAAGACCCCUCCAGGUGGAGCGUGGAUGAGGUGGUGUGGUUUAUCAAGGAUGCAGACCCUCAAGCGCUGGGCCCCCAUGUGGAUCUCUUCAGAAAACAUGAGAUUGAUGGGGACGCACUUCUUCUCCUGAAGAGCGACAUGAUCAUGAAGUACCUGGGACUCAAACUGGGCCCGGCUCUCAAGCUCUGCUACCACAUCGACAAACUAAAACAGAACAAGUUCUGACCCGUCUCUGCACCCUACAAACACACACAGAUGGAUUCACUCAGUAUUUACUGUCACUCUCAUUUGUUGUAGUGCAGGACUGGUUAUUUAAGGACAAACACCAGACCAUUUUUUUACUCGCAGGGUUCAUCUGCCUGUAUAUUGGGACAUUUUACUCACCAGAACAUUUGCUUGUUCUAAUUUUAAGUGUACACGCGUUUUAUUGAUUACUUGAUACUGAGCACUGCUCUAACUGAAUGGCAAGUCAUCUCAGCUGCUUUCUGGGAUCUUACUUAUUUGUCCUCAAGGGAGAGUUAUGCAGAUGAGUUAUAAGUGUAAAUCAUGUUUCAAAUAGGCAUCAUAAAAAUCAUAUUGAGAUAAAUGAGCUCCAAUUAUUUCAGAGCCAUGGACUUUAAAACCCUGUGAACUUCAGCCACCUGCUGGUGAAGUGGAGUCACUGCAACUCUCUGAUAUUUACUACCAUUGUAACCAGGAAACAUUGAGCCUUUUUUUUUUUCUACUUCAAAGGCCGCUAAACUGGGAGAUCGGUUACGAACAGAAUUGAGCAUCGUGCUUUUGACUGAACAGAUACAGCACGCACACAGUUUUUGGCAGGGUACGACUACAAACAGUUCCACUUUGCAACCAGCAAAUAACAGGCACAAAUGCAACUCUACUCAGCAAUGGACCAUUCACGUCAUCUUCGGAAAGCCUCCUUGGCAAGCUAAAUCAGAACUAAACAGGAAACACUACUAGGCAGUUAAAAAUGGUGCAUUACAAACAUAGUAAUGCAUAACAGGUGCUGUUUCUCAACCAGCAAGUCGAGUUCAUUAAAACAACUACACUGGUACAGUACAUUUCUUACUGUGGACCAAAUGCACCGAGAGGUCUCUUCAGUCCCCAGAUUUCCUGUUUUCCCCCCUUUUCAGAGCAGGUUGAAAAGCUGCUCUGAUUCUACAUAAAUGUUAGCUCAUGAUUUUUUAGAAAAUGCGAAGCACUUUACAGUAAUGUUCAGUUCAUUCAAUGCAUUGGGUAUCAUGAACUAACAAUGAACUACAUUUUUUUUCAGCAUUUGUUAAUCUAGGUGAAUACUCAUUUCUAAAUACGUUACUGUUUCAAAUAAGGUCAAUAAGACAGAAAGCAAUUUUUUUUAUUGUAACAGUAAAGACACGGUUUCUGCAAAGGUAGCAAAUUGUUUUUCAGCACUGAUAAGAAAUCAAUAUACAAUAGCAUAUUUAUAAUUUACCAUUAGCCCAGAUUAAUAAAUGAAGUAAUAUGGUUAGUUCACAUGCCUAAUGUAUUAACAAAUGUAAACAAAUUGAACCUUGCUGUUAGUGUUGCAACAAAAUGUACAUGUUUCAAACAUGUUUUUAAAUGUAACAUUUGACUUUGAUGUGGGUUAGACACGAAUUUUCUUUCACAAAUGUACAGUUUAUAUGUGAACAGAAGCCGAAGUGCUACUCUGAUCAUAUGUUGCUGUCGAACACCAUGGAGACGUGUGAAAAAGUCUCCUUAGACAUUUCAGGUAACAAUUAUUAUUUGUAUUAUUAGUAUUUUUUAUAUUCAAAAAUGGCAUUCAGAAUCACUGUAUUGCUUUUCAGACAGGUGAGCUUAAGGGACCGUUCAUGCAAAAUGAACAAGACUUGUCUUUUUUAGGUGAGCUAUUCCUUUAAGUCUGCCUUGAUGAUGUCAUACAUAUCCAAAAAUGGAUUACACCGAAGUGUACAACUUUUCUGUAUCCGCAAUCAUGUGUAAAUACGAUAAUUUAUGUGAUAAUCACAGAUGAGAUCUACCAUUUCUUAAGUCAAAGAGCGAGUACAGUUUAGAUCCAAUCGUCCGAUCAACACAUCCAGCUUUAACAUGUGAUCAGCUAUCAGCUUCGCUGCGCAUUGUUGUACAAUCUGCCUCUUAAAGCGACCGCUAUGCUAAACUGAGCAUUUGUACAGAAUCAUUGUUUAUGAUUUUGCAACAAGGAGGCUUUUGAGUUGCUUUUUUUCCUUUUCAUGUAGCAUUAGUGCUCCUGGGCAACAGCUUUCUAAAAUAAUAAAUAAAUGUAGGCACCUGUAAGAAAUAGUCAUUGAGCUCUUAAAUCUGGCACCAAGAAGAUUCUGAAGUAAAUCUACUGAAUUAAAAACUAGAGUAUUGAUUUUUUCCAUAAACAUUUUGAAGAAUCGAAGCCCAGGUUUUGGGCUUUUAAUAAUGUGAUGUUUUUAACGCAUAGGCCUGAGAUGAUAGAAAUGAAUUACCCACGUGUGAUGUUCAAACUCUUGUAUUAGCUUUAAAAGCAUUUAUUUUAUUUUAUUUCCACUCGUGAACUCAAACAGCGGGAGUAUCUUGUUAGUUUUAAAAGCCCUUUAAUUAAGUAAUAGCGGCACUGAGCUUUUAAAUAUGUUUGUAAGCACUCCUUUUCAUGGCUGCACUUAACUGAAUCCUACUUCGUGUAGGAAGCCUUGACAAUUUCAUAACAAUCUUUAAUAAUUUUUAGUGCUGUUUAUGACCUCACGCAAGCAUUCCCGCUGACAUUGACUGGCUCUGAUGUUCCCUGGCUAGAUAUCGCCAACCGUUUGCGACCGGAUUAUGAGCGGGCUGUUUAGGUUUAACCUUUUCUUCGCUUCAUCAUUUUGUGUGUGCGUAUGUCGGGUUUGCGUUUGCCUCCGCACCAUGCCAUUCCUUGUCCUUUUUUUAUAUGAUGAAAAAUGUAAGUGUACAUUUAUGAAUGCUGCUCUUGAUGAUAGUCCCAUGUAAGACUGUUUAAAUUUGUCGGCUCACAGAAGAGUUUUAUUGGAAAACGGGGGACUACAACACGGACCAUUCAUGUUGGUGCUAUAUGACUGUGUAUUUAACAAAUAAUGAUUUUAUGCAUAUGAUUUUAUGGUUGGUUUGCUUUAUUUCUUCAGAUAGGCUUCAGUGUUGUGAACUCAUGUGACCGACGACGGUCUGUUUGUGAGGUUAAUAUAGAGCAUUAUGAAAGAGUCAGAAUAAAGCAUUACGAACACUCUA